AUGAAAGAAAAAUCCAAAAAUGCUGCUCGGACUAGGAGGGAGAAAGAAAACAGUGAGUUUUAUGAACUGGCUAAAUUACUACCCCUGCCCUCUGCCAUCACCUCCCAGCUGGACAAAGCAUCUAUAAUCAGAUUGACAACCAGCUAUUUAAAAAUGAGAGUGGUGUUUCCUGAAGGUCUAGGAGAAGCUUGGGGUCAUACAACACGUCCCAGCUCCUUGGAUAAUGUUGGUAGAGAGCUUGGAUCACAUCUUCUACAGACCUUGGAUGGUUUCAUCUUCGUGGUGGCCCCUGAUGGGAAAAUCAUGUAUAUCUCAGAAACCGCUUCAGUUCAUCUUGGCUUAUCACAGGUAGAGCUGACCGGUAAUAGCAUAUUUGAAUAUAUUCACCCAGCUGACCAUGAUGAGAUGACUGCAGUGUUAACGGCCCACCAGCCUUACCAUUCUCAUUUUGUUCAGGAAUAUGAAAUUGAACGAUCUUUCUUUCUGAGGAUGAAAUGUGUUCUAGCAAAGAGGAAUGCAGGUCUGACGUGUGGUGGGUAUAAGGUGAUACAUUGCAGUGGCUAUCUGAAAAUCCGGCAGUACAGUCUGGACAUGUCACCUUUUGAUGGUUGCUACCAGAACGUGGGAUUAGUGGCUGUUGGUCAUUCUUUACCCCCUAGUGCGGUGACGGAAAUUAAACUACACAGCAAUAUGUUCAUGUUCAGGGCCAGUCUAGACAUGAAACUCAUAUUUCUCGAUUCAAGAGUUGCAGAAUUGACUGGCUAUGAACCUCAGGAUUUGAUUGAAAAGACCUUAUAUCAUCACGUCCAUGGGUGUGACACUUUUCACUUGCGGUGCGCUCAUCACUUGUUACUGGUGAAAGGACAGGUCACCACUAAAUACUAUCGCUUUCUGGCCAAGCAUGGCGGCUGGGUGUGGGUGCAGAGCUACGCAACUAUUGUACACAACAGCAGAUCCUCCAGACCUCACUGCAUUGUCAGCGUCAAUUACGUCCUCACGGAUACAGAAUACAAAGGAUUACAGCUGUCAUUGGAUCAAGUAACCACAAAACCUUCAUUUUCUUAUGCAAAUUCAAAUUCAGCCAUAAAUGACACCAGAAAGACCAGCAAGUCUCGCAUCUCCAGUUCAAAGUCUAAAUCUCGGACAUCACCAUACCCACAGUACACUGGAUUUCAGACAGAAAGAUCUGAGUCAGAUCAUGACAGCCAAUGGGGUGGUAGCCCCCUUACUGACACUGCUUCACCACAACUUCUUGAUCCUAUAGAAAGACCAAGCUCCCAGCAACAUGACAUGUCCUGUGCAUACAGACAGUACCCAGACCGAGGCGCUCUUUGUUUUGGAUUUACCCUUGACCAUUCCAGGUUAAAUGAUGAUAGACACCAGCAUAGUCAGUCUUGUGAAGGAGGAAGAUGUGAAGCUGGAAGAUACUUUCUUGGAAGUCCUCAAACUGGGAGAGAGCAAUGGUGGGGUCCACGAUCAACAUUGCCUUUGCCAAAAUCAUCUCCAGAAAGCAGAGAUGGAUAUGAGAACAGCAUGCCACAUAUUGCUUCAGUUCACAGAGUACAUGGGAGAAACCAUUGGGAUGAAGACAGUGUUGUUAGUUCCCCGGAUCCAGGCUCUGCAAGUGAAUCCGGAGACCGCUACCGUGCUGAGCAAUAUCAAAAUACCCACCAUGAACCCAGCAAAAUUGAAACACUCAUACGAGCUACACAGCAAAUGAUUAAAGAGGAAGAAAAUAGGUUGCAACUUCGCAAAUCAAGUCCUGACCAACUAACUACUAGUAAUGGAGUCGGGAAACGAAACUCGGUUUGUUUUCCCAACUAUCAACAGCCCCAGUUAACAGGUGUUGUAUGUCGUGGACCAUCACUUACUAAUACAUCUCCUUGUGAUCACAUUCAGCACAGGGAUGGAAAAAUAUUGAGCCCGCGUGACAAUGAAUAUGAAAACAGCCCCACAACUUUGUCCAGAAUGAGCAGUCCAAAUUCAGACAGAAUCUUAAAAACCAGUGUUACUAUAUCAAAAGACUAUUUGCAUAACACCCUUUCCCCUCAGCAAGCUCUGGACCAUCCUGCAUCUCCAAACUAUUACAGUUCUCACAGGCAAUAUUUUGAUAAACAUGCUUACACAUUCACUGGAUAUGCCCUUGAACACUUAUAUGACACUGAAACUAUAAGAAACUAUUCAUUGGGUUGCAAUGGAUCACACAUUGAUGUUACGUCUCACAUAAGGAUGCAGCAAGAUCCUGCUCAAGUCCACAAGGGCACAUCGGUGAUAAUGACUAAUGGAAGUUGAUGGUUUUAUUUCAAAUAUUGCACCAAACACUCUAUCAAGUGAAAUUGAAAUGAACAUUUUUAAUGACGUUACCAGCAUCCGAUAAAUUACAGUGCACUAGAAAGGAUGUUACGAUGGGACUUGCAAUGGACUCGGAUUUUAGGCCAUUUACAACAACGUUGUGCAGUCAAUGAGAAGGUCUAAGAUUGUAUGUGUUCUUAAAGUAUUAUGUAAUGGUGAUGAAUAUAAUUUGCAUGUAGACUAAAUACCCAUUAAGCAAAAACAAAAACAUAACAAAACAAAACAAAAAAAUAAUCAAACAGAAACAGGCAAA